UCCACUUGUUGCGCCGAGAGCCGCUCACUGGCUGUCAGGUCGCCGAACUGCGCCGGGGUUCUGCUCUCCCAGCCUGCGUGGACCAGAGAAGCCGGACUUGAACGCCCGCCGCUGCCGCCUCACAGCCGCGUUUGUCAGGAAGUGUGUUUUGAUGUCUGCGCUGGUCCUGUUUCAAUGCUUCUGUGUACGCACCCCACCAGGCUAUGGUCUCCUCCUCUUCCUCUUCAUCCUGGCCUCCUCACCGUGCCUCAGCACAGCAGGCAGACAGACGAACUGCAGCCACCCUGUGGUUCCGGAACACGGCUGGUUCCGCUGCGACCCCUCCCCCUGCCGUGGUUUCCCGCUCAAGACCUCCAUCCAUUUCUUCUGCGAGCCGGGGUUCCACAUCCCCAGCAAGGUCCGCAGCUCCAAGUGCUGGUCCUCGGGCUGGUCAAUACCGGUACCUGCCUGUGUGCCCCUGAAAGACAAACGUAACGCCAGCCAUGAGGACAAGGGGCCCCAUUCUCUGCAAAGCGUUGCCACGACAGCCGUGGGCGUGUCCAUCUUCCUACUCACCACCACCGCGUGCUUGGUCAUCAAGUCCCGCCUCUUCCCCUGUCACUCAAACAGUCAUCGCUCUUCAGAUCAGCUGGAUCUGAUGGUGGACGGUGUUGCUGUCUCCCUGCCCACCUAUGAGGAAGCGGUCUACGGCAGCUGGGGGCAACGUCUGUCUUCCUGCUCAGGACCCGGCCCUACACAGCUCCUGUUGGCCCGAGAGAGCCCUGAGCACCAUCCGUCACCCCUCAGUAACCAGUCAGACACCGUUUACCGCCCCCGCCUUCCAAGUCAAAGCCCGGACAACCCCCCGCCCCCUUACGAGGAGGUCCAGUCGCAUCCCAGAGAAGUUGUGUUUUCGGAUGGCAAAGACACUUGAUUGACAGCCUGUUGGGUUUACAUACCAGGAUUUUUCUGACGUGUGCGCAGUGGGUUAGCACCAGAAGCUGUUCAAUAUCCAAACCUGCAUGAUUAUGAUUGACUGGCGUGCCAUCAUGAGCACCAUCGCUGUCAUGAAUGAAAUCAAACUCAUCCAGUUGUUACCUCGCAAAGAAGGGUGGCUGACUUGAUGAACCGUGGCACAGAGUAAUGAGAUGCAGUUUUUGUUGGUAUUUUGGUAUUGUUAGUUUAUAAUUGGACGUGACGACCGUGACAGGAUUACUGACAUCAUGGGGUGUGUGCGUGUAUGUGUGAGUGAUUUAAUGAAGAAAUAUGAAUUAUGAUUAUAAAUA